AUGGAGCAGCUCGCCCAGUUCGUAUCCAAGAGUUUCGAUAACGCGAGCCUGCCGGGCGCCGAGCACCCCUGCAGGUCCGCCGAACGGCCGCCGUCCGCGAGGAUCACCCUCAGUGUCGCGCACCUGCUCGGGGACCCGGCGGAGAACAAUCCCAAUGUCGGCGCGACGACCCGCGAAUCGGCUCAGGAGGCGCCUGGCGUCGACGUUGGCAGCGUCGAGGAGCCGCCGUCGCCGGAAGGCCGCCUCCAGCCGGAGGAUCUCUCCGUCGCGACCAAAACUAAGGAGGUCAAGGACGCUGGCAGCGUGGCUGAGACACCACCGCCUCUCAAGACACCGGAGCUGAAACUCUCGGUGAGGAAGCUGCUGGGCUGCAGCCCUUCGCCGCCGCCGAUCACCAGGGACCGAUCACCGAGUCCUGAGAGCUGCGUCGAGCUGAAGAGCCAGUCAUCCAGCGACUCCAAGACGCCGACGGACCUCAAGCUGUCGUCCCAGGUUUCCAGGUCGUUGAUGCAGGGUCAAGAGGAAGUCAAAGGCUCGAAUUGUCGCAACAACGGAAACGGGAACGGCAAGCAGAGAAGAUCCCGGACGAACUUCACGUUGGAACAGCUGGCCGAGCUGGAGAGGCUGUUCGACGAGACGCAUUACCCGGACGCGUUCAUGCGGGAGGAGCUCAGCCAGAGACUGGGACUGAGCGAAGCGAGGGUUCAAGUUUGGUUUCAAAAUCGACGCGCGAAGUGUCGCAAACACGAAAGUCAAUUGCACAAAGGGGUAGCAAGCGGAUUGGUGCUGGCACCACGUAGCCCUCCAACCAGCCUGGAGCCUUGUCGAGUGGCGCCCUACUUGCCAGCGUUGAGGUUGCAUCCCCCGAUGCAAGGCACUGGCGGGAACGUAACCGCGGCAGCAGGCUCUGCCUUCGACCCGGCGGUCCUCCAUUACGCGGCAGCCGGUGGACUCUUCUGUCUACCGCCGCCGCCGCCACCGCCGCCGACCUCCACCCACCCGCACCCUCAUCCCCUGAGCCUGGCGGCAUCUCUGGCCGCGGCGGCGGCUCGUUCCAAGAACAGCAGCAUCGCGGACCUCAGGCUGAAGGCCAGACGACACCAGGAGGCACUGGGUCUCGACAGGCCCGCGUAA